CCUUCCGCCUCCGGAGCCCAGGCUCGGAAGGAUGAGGGUUGAGGGUGGAGUCCUCUCUUCCAGAGUCGUGAGGAGUGUGGGAUCCGGGACUCGCUGGUCCUAGAGAGGAGGAGGCCAAGGGCCUGAACUCCUGGGGUCCUGGGGAAGAGAGUACUGGCCUCCUAGACGGCCGAGUCCGAAGGGAUGGAGGUGGGGGGCCCUCUGGAUCCCUGACCAGCUAGGUUCCUCAGGGAGAGUGUCUCUGGGGAAAGAGGAGCAGGUCAGCUUCUUAGGCAAAAUGAUGUUGGGAACUCGGAUAUGCGUCCCCAGGGAGUGAUGCCUUGCUACCCCCAGGCCUCUGGACUGGGAGAAUCUGGGGGUGGGACUUUUAAACGGAAGUUGGGAGGGAGGGGUACUGUAGAGGAUCGCUCUCCUCCCCCUUCCUCAGUUUCCACCACGCUGGUGGAAAGUUGGGUCGGAGGGAAAGUGCGGAGCAAAGGGAAGGAAACGGCGGGGGCGGACGCCCCACCCAGAAUCUUCUAAUGGCUUUGGAGUAGUCAGGCGGUAUCAAUGUGCUAGUUUUUCCGCGCGGGAGGGCGAGGAGGGCGCUCAAAUCCACCCCGCCCCCGUGCAUUUGUGUGACUUAAGGACCCCUGAUGUCUUCCGCCUUUCCUCCCCACCCUUCAGUGAGUCAGAAUGAGCGCAGCCACUGCUCGACACAGACGGUGAAGAAGCUCCUGGAAGAACGGAGGCGCCGCCAGCAGCAGCCUGACACGGGUGGGGUGCAGGGGCAGUUCUCGUCUCCCUUAUCCCAGCCCCUGACUCCAUCUGUGAAUGAGGCUGAUCCUGGCCAUCCUCACUUCCCAGCACACCAGGAGACUGUGGGUUCUGGAUUUGGCACCUUGGCCUCCCCUAUGGGCUUUUCAGACUGGGACCCCAACACGCAUACUGCCUACACAGACAGUCCCUACUCUUACCCUGCUUCUGCUGCUGAAGGUUUCCCGACUCCUGACUUCUACUCACCCUCGGACCCAGGGCGGCUGUGUCCAUUACCCCUGGGGAUGGAGGAGGCCCCGGACACUCAGCUCUAUACAGACCCUCCCCUGUCACAAGCUGGAUCCUGGAGAGUUUCUGGGCUCCCCUCAGGACCUCCACAGUUGCCCUCUGCAGUCACUGGGCCAUCUCUGGAUGCAGCCCGAGCUCACAUGCUGGCUUUGGGACCACAACAGCUGCUGGCCCAGGAUGAGGAGGGGGACACGCUCCUGCACCUGUUUGUGGCUCGGGGUCUGCGCUGGGCAGCAUAUGCUGCGGCUGAGGUGCUCCAGGUGUAUGGACAUCUGGACAUUCGUGAGCAUAAAGGCAAGACCCCUCUCCUGGUGGCUGCUGCUGCCAAUCAGCCCCUGAUUGUGCAGGAUCUUCUGAGCCUGGGAGCAGAACCCAAUGCCACUGACCAUCAGGGACGUUCUGUCUUGCAUGUGGCUGCUACCUACGGGCUCCCGGGAGUCCUCUCGGCUGUAUUUAACUCAGGGAUUCAGGUUGACCUUGAAGUCAGAGACUUUGAGGGCCUCACCCCACUCCACACAGCUAUCCUGGCUCUCAACGUUGCUAUGCGUCCGCCUGACUUCUCUUCUCGGAUGCUGAGUACUCAAGCCCAAGAUAGGCUGACUUGUGUCAAGAUGUUACUGUACAUGGGUGCCGAUCACACUAGCCAGGAGAUCAAGAGCAACAAGACAGUCCUGCACUUGGCUGUGCAGGCUGCCAAUCCUACCGUGGUUCAGCUGCUGCUGGAGCUGCCACGAGGAGACCUGCGGGCCUUUGUCAACAUGAAGGCCCAUGGGAACACAGCCCUCCACAUGGCGGCUGCCCUGCCCCCUGGGCCACCCCAGGAGGCCAUCGUGAGACGCCUGUUGGCAGCCGGGGCAGACCCAACACUGCGCAACCUGGAGAAUGAGCAGCCCGUGCACCUGCUGCGGUCUGGGCCGGGCCCCGAGGGGCUCCGGCAGCUAUUGAAGAGGAGCCGUGUGGCACCAUCAGGCCUGUCCUCUUAGGACUCAAACCCAGAACCUGGACUGAUUUUUCCAGUCCCCACCGUCCUGUGGGACAGCCAGCGUAUGCUAAUGUGCAAAACCAUGAUAAUGUAUGUAGAAUAUCCUGCCAUUAGGGUCUUACAUUAAAACCCCAAAAUGGCUGCUGAAGGGUGAACAGUCCCCAAUAUUUGGGAUGAUGUGACACGCCUCCCCCACCCACAAGGAGCCCUUUUUAUGAUUUCUGUGAAAUCAAGGCUCCUUGAUUGUUUUUGUAAAACACCCUCAGCCUUUCACCUUGUCCUUGCUGGGACCUGUUGGGGUUCUCUCCCCUCACUGAAUUCUUCGUAUCCAGAAACCCAGAUGUAAUCCCCCUACGUGGUACUUAGGGAUCCCAAUACCAUCCUAGCAGGGCUUCUAAGAUAGUCCUAACUUCCCCAGGACCUCCUGGGUCCUAAACCAGAUACAUAAGAAGGAACCUCUGGAUUAGAGUUUCUGCUUCCAUAUUCAGAACUUAACUGGGCCCUGUCCCAGACCUCAGCAUUCACAGUGAAGCCCUUCCUAGUCUCAGCAUCUCUGAAACUCCCUAUUAAACUUGAUUUGGACUAGAACUGUCUUGUCUGAUCUCUGGGGGCCAGGAGUGCAGGGGAGCAGCUGUGUUUGAUGCAUGUGCCUGGCUGGGGCCUGCAGCAGCCACUGUGGGGGCCAGUCCAUGUCGCCUCCUCCUUUGCCUGUCAACACACAGAGGCCUGCCUGCAGUUUCAGCACCUGAACCUUUGCGUGUGGGCAUUCUCAGACCACUGGUGCCACUCUGCUCUGGGUGUGAGUCUGGCAAGUCUUGAAAGCCAAG